GCUCACACAAUGAGUUCACCGACCAGAGAUUCUAUGAAGCAGUGAACCCACAAAAGAAAAAUGGCAGUUGCAGCUUCUGUCAUUUUCUCUAACCCGACAUCGGUUCUGUCUUUGCCUCAGACAUCAUCUCCCAAAGUCCGUUUCUCGUUGUCUCAUUUCUCAGCUCCCGCCAAACCACUUCAGUCCGAGUUCCAUGGCGUCAGACUCUCCCAAUCUUCCUCUCUCCCGCUUCCUACUCGUUCUUCUCCUCACCCUCUUCCUCCGAGAACUCGUAUCAUUGCCAAGGUGAGGAAGGGAAAGGUUGCACCAAACUUCAAGCUGAAGGAUCAGUUUGGGAAAGAGAUCGAACUCAAGAGUUUCAGAGGGAAGCCUUGUGUCGUCUAUUUCUAUCCCGGCAAUGGCAAACCUGGCUGCAAGAAGCAGGCUUCUGCUUUCAAGAAAACGCAUAAGAAGUUCGAGAAAGCGGGCGGCUGCAACAUCAUCGGAAUCAGCGAUGACUGUGUUAGAUCUCACAGGAAGUUUGCGUCAAAGAACAAACUGCGGUAUACAUUGGCGAGCGACCGAAGAGACAAAGUGAGGAAAAAGUGGGGAGUAAGAGGAAACAUCACAGGAGCAUUCUCAGGGAGAGUGACGUUCGUUCUUGACAAGAACGGGGUCGUGAAGAAGGUCUACAAGAGCCAGUUCCGUCCAAAGAAACAUGCCUCCGAAGCGUUGAAGUGUGUAAAGAAGGAAAACAAGAAGAACCCACCUCAGGUCGGUGGCCCGCUGCAGCCUCCCAAGAGAUCGUUGAACCCUUUGAAGCGCAAAGCUGGAAAGGGCCCAUCCCAGCUCGCUCCCCCACCAAAGCCCAAGUCUCCGAUCCAACGGUUGAACCCUUUGAAGUCCAAAGCUGGAAAGGGCUCAUCGCAGCCCGCUCCCCCACCAAUGCCCAAAUCUCCGAUCCAACGGUUGAACCCUUUGAAGUCCAAAGCUGGAAAAGGCCCAUCGCAGCCACCAAAGCCCAAGUCUCCGAUCCAACGGUUGAACCCUUUGAAGCGCAAGGCCGGAAAAAGUCCGUCGAAAUCUAAGAACCCGUUUAAGCCCAAGAGUUCUUCACCACCUGGCUCUGGUUCGCCUACCGAUGGAAAAAGCCCGUCGAAAUCUUUGAACCCGCUUAAGAAAAAGAAAGAUGGCGGGAAGAGUCCAUCGAAAUCUUUGAACCCGCUUAAGAAAAAGAAAGACGAUGGGAAGAGCCCGGCGAAAUCCUUGAACCCACUUAAGCCUAAGAAAAAGAAAGACGGUGGGAAGAGUCCUGCGGGAGCCUUGAACCCACUUAAGCCUAAGAAAGGUGAUGGGAAGGGUCCUGCGGGAGCCUUGAACCCGUUUAAGCCUAAGAAAGGUGAUGGGAAGGGUCCUGCGGAAGCCUUGAACCCGCUUAAGCCUAAGAAAGGUGGUGGAAAGGGUCCUGCUAAAGCCUUGAACCCGUUUAAGUCUAAGAAAGGUGAUGGAACUUUGAACCCACUUAAGCCUAAGAAAGGUGAUGGGAAGGGUCCUGCGAAAGCCUUGAACCCGUUUAAAUCUAAGAAAGGCGAUGGGAAGGGUCCUGCGAAAGCCUUGAACCCGUUUAAGCCUAAGAAAGGUGAUGGAAAAAGUCCUGCGAAAUCCUUGAACCCAUUUAAACCUAAGAAAGGUGAUGGAAAUGGUCCUGCUAAAGCCUUGAACCCGUUUAAGUCUAAGAAAGGUGAUGGAAAAAGUCCUGCGGAAGCCUUAAACCCGCUUAAGCCUAAAAAAGGUGAUGGAAAGGGUCCUGGGAAAGCCUUGAACCCACUUAAAGGUGAUGGGAAGAGUCUGUCGAAAUCUUUGAACCCAUUUAAACCUAAGAAAGGUGAUGGGCAGGGUCCUGCGGAAGCCUUGAACCCGCUUAAGCCUAAGAAAGGUGGUGGAAAGGGUCCUGCUAAAGCCUUGAACCCGUUUAAGUCUAAGAAAGGUGAUGGAAAAAGUCCUUCGAAAUCUUUGAAUCCAUUUAAACCAAAGAAAGGUGAUGGAAAGGGCCCAUCGAAAUCUAUGAACCCGUUUAAACCUAAAAAAGGUGAUGGUAAGGGAGCGUCGAAGAACCCAUCAAAACCGGGGGAAAGUCCACAGGAUGAUGGUACAGGCCCGAAGAGUCCAAUGAUAGGAAUGCCGUCGACAGUUGGUGAGGAAGGGAAAGAGAACCCAUCAAAGCCUACGGAUGGUGGUGCCAGUCCGAAGACGAUGAUAGGAAUGAUGAACCCGCCAUUCUCAUCAUCAUCCUCGUCCUCAAGCUCAGCCACAGCCGCAGCCGCAGCCGCAGCAUCAGCAUCAAGUUCAGCCUCAGGGUCAGCCUCGGGCUCAGGCUCGAACCAGGCAUCGGCCUCUGGCCCAAACCCGAACUGCGUGUGUGACGAAGAAGAAAAGGAGUGA